AUGCCAGCAUAUCAUUCCACAUUCUUAGCUGAAGAACAAAGUUCAGCAAAUCGAACAAUUGGGAAUUUAAUUUUAUUACCAUUCCAUACAAAAUUUCGUGGACCAUCAUUCCCACCUGAUCAAGAAUAUGAUAUUAUUGAAGAAAUUUUAGAUUUAUUUAGAGCUAAUUCAUUCUUUCGUAAUUUUGAAAUUAAGGGGAAUGCCGAUAGAUUAUUAAUAUAUGGAAUAUUAUAUGUUAAUCAAUGUUUAAGUAAAUUAAAUCCAAUUAUGAAUUCAAAAGAAGCUGUUCGUGUGUUGAAUAAUUUAAGUUUAGAUAAUUUUAGUUUACCUGGAGAAAUUGGAUUCCCAUUGAAUACUAUUUAUACUGGUCCAAGUAAUAAGAAUGAAAGUGAUUUAUUAAGAAGUUAUUUACAACAAUUUAGACAAGAAUUGGCUGAUAGAUUAAUUAAAAGAAUUUAUGAAAAUGAUAUUGAUGGUCCAAGUAAAUACUGGUUAGCUUUCACAAAGAGAAGAUUCAUGAAUACAAGUUUAUAG